AAUAAUUAAUAAAUAAAACAAAAGUGUCCGUUUAGAUGGUAAAAGCAGAUAAUUGGAUUUUUGUAAAUAAUUGCGUGUUUUGUUGUUAAUUGUUGUGAUGAAAUUAUGACUCAGUGAAUGCUUUAAAUACACCCGUUCCACGUUAAAGAUUUUAUUAAGCAACCAAGCCAAAGAAUAAAUUAGAAAUGACUUUAAUUAAAAAUUUUAUAAUAUUAUUAUUUUGCUAUUACGCUGUAGCAGAAUCCACCGAUGCACUACCAGUAGUUCUAUGGCAUGGCAUGGGUGAUACCUGCUGCUUUCCCUUCAGUUUGGGCUCCAUAAAGAAACUAAUAGAAACUGAAACAAAUGGCACUUAUGUGCUUUCAUUGAAAAUUGGUGGUAAUAUGGUGAUGGAUUAUGAAAGUGGUUUCUUUAUACAUCCUGAUUACCAAGUACGUUAUGUUUGCGAUCAACUGGCUAAAGACGACCGAUUGGUAAAUGGCUAUAAUGCCAUCGGUUUCUCGCAAGGCGGUCAAUUUUUACGCGCUGUUGCCCAGCGUUGUUCUACGCCACCCAUGAAAACUCUAAUAUCCAUUGGCGGACAACACCAAGGAGUAUUCGGUCUGCCAAGCUGCCCGUCACUAUCGAAUAGUGCAUGUGAGCACUUGCGGAAAUUAUUGCAUCGCGAGGCCUAUAAAGAAUGGGUACAGCGAAAUUUGGUGCAAGCCACUUACUGGCAUGAUCCGCUGAAUGAAGAGGAAUAUCGCCAAAAGAGCUCAUUUCUUUCAAAUAUCAACAAUGAAGUUUUUAUCAACCAAACUUAUAUUGACAAUUUAAAUAAAUUAGAAAAAUUUGUUAUGGUACUGUUCUUAAAUGACACUAUUGUCCAGCCCAAGGAAUCACAAUGGUUUGGUUUUUAUACUCCGGGCCAGGAUGAAGAAAUUCGGCCACUAAAUCAAAGCCCUGUUUAUGAGGAUCUUGGACUCAAUCAAUUGGAUAGUGAUGGUAGACUCGUAUACUUAUCGGUAGAGGGUGACCAUUUACAAAUGACAAGCAAAUGGUUUAUUGAAAAUAUUAUACCACUACUAACAGAAAAUUAAGAAACACCUACAUAUUAAGCAAAAAGAUCUCUGUAUUCAUGCUUAAACUCUAACUUGGUAAAUUGUACUAAUACUCAGCUAUACAUAAAUAUAUGGUCUUCACAUAAAAUUCGUGAUAUGCAAUGAA